CAAGCCACGCGUGUACACCAAGUGUAACAUAGCACUCGCAAACCCUGCUGCACGGUCGUCCUUUGGGCCCGAGGGGCACGGGUCUGCUCCAGGCGCCCACGAUAUUCGACACGCCGUCGAUACACGCGACUAGUGAAUGAUGUCACCGGACGCUGGUGACAUGCCCUCGCAUUUUGUGGCUCCAGGCCCCGAGCUAACAACUGGACAAGCGACAAAGUGCGAAGCUGGGGAGCGGACCUUAUUACACCAGUGCUCGGGCCUUGGAAGGGUGUCUAGGCUGAAGCUCGGCGGUUAGUUUGAACCGAUCGGAGGUUAGAAGAUUCAUACAAGCUGUAGAUAGUUGAUAAAUACACGUCGAUGGUCCUUCAGUCAGACACUACCUACACAAAGACCUUUUGGAGGUGACUGGAAUGUCUGAACGACCAUUGAACAUUCUCAUAUCCGGUGCGGGCGUAGCUGGGGCCUCGCUGGCCCUCGUGCUGGCUCGCCAGCCUGGGUUCAAAAUGCAACUGAUUAUCACACUCAUCGAGCGCUCUCCAGUACCGCGCAUAACAGGCCAGUCUAUCGAUAUCCGUGGGCCUGCUGUUGACAUGAUUAAGAAGCUUGGUUGGGAACAGGAGAUCAAAGCCAGACAUACCACAGAAAAAGGCCUCGCCUUCAAGAACAGCAAGGGCAAGACUAUGGCAAUUCUCCCUGCCUCAGGCGACGCCAAAGCCCAGAGCGCGACGAGCGAGUACGAGAUUCUCCGCGGCGAGCUGACCGAACUGCUACUGGACGGCAUCAAGGAGUCAAAAGAGAAGGGUGCCCAUGUCCAAGUUGUCUACGGCGAGACCAUCAAAUCGAUGGAAGACCGCGCAGACGGCACAGGCGUCGACGUCCAGUUCGCCCGUGGCAAGCUCGAGGACCAGCGCUACGACGUCGUCGUGGCGGCCGACGGCAUCGGCUCGCCCACGCGAGGCUUCAUCUUUGGCAAAGAAGACAACGCCAGCCACAUCCGCCCCUCUGGCCUCUAUAUCGGCUUCUACUCCAUCCCGCGCAUCCCCGGCGACGACCAGCUCUGGCACUGGGCCACCUUCCCGCCGGGCCUCGCCAUCCACCUGCGCCCGCACCGCAACGGGAAGACCAUGGGCGUGUACCUGAGCAUCUGCAACGCGAAGAAGGAGCCCAACCCGGAUCUCGAGGCCAUCUUGCACGCGGAUGUCGCUCAGCAGAAGCAGUAUCUGCGCCAGCGCUUCGAGAGCUCCGUGUGCACGUGGCAGAUGAAGCGCUUCAUGGACGGGCUCGACGCAACAGACGACUUCUACAUGACGCACUGGUGCCAGGUGCGGACGCCGCAGUGGGCCAAGGGCCGGUGUGUGACGCUCGGCGAUGCGGCGUUCGCGACCAUGGGCGUCGGGACGAGUCUGGCGAUGGCCGGCGCGUACUGCAUUGCGGGCGAGCUGUCCAAGAUCGCGUCCUCGGAGCAGGUGCCGCAAGCGUUGCAGAGCUACGAGAGUGUGUACAGGCCGUAUGUAAAGACGCAGAAUUUGGACUUUGCGUUGUUGCCGCAGCUCGCGAAUCCGCAGACUGCGUGGGGCAAUUGGGUGCUUCAUACUGUAGUGGGGCUGUUUGCAGCAUUGAGGUUGCAGGAUUUGGUGACGUGGAUUAUGAACAGGAAUGAGAAGGAGGAGUGGAAGUUGCCGGAGUAUGGGUGGUAGAGAGGAGUUGCGUCGGGCAUGGCUGUUGUUCAAGAGCAAGGUGUGCAAGGAGGUCACAUCAUAUCAAUUUAGUUGUUUGUAACUCACUAGAUAUCCCGCUCAUACUCAGGUCUUUGAUUUUGCUAUCACUACCUAUUCAUCCAUGGCUGGGCUAAGGUAAACAUGUCCGCCUGAUUGCUC